CCCAACAUUACGUGUAGUGGACUUCUAACACAGCGUUGGUUUGACACGUUGCAAAGCCCCCUUUUACUUCGUUAAUACUUUUGGACUUGUAGUUUUUGAGACACCGGCUCACCAUUGAGUGAAACGACAAACGACUAUUGUUAAUCACUACAAUUCCCAGCGUGCACCGCAGUGGUCGGAGUUUGCGCAGUGAGUGGGUCCUGUGUAGGCGAGCGGUGUGUAGGUGAAACGGUCUGGUAUGUCUACAUGAAACAAAACAAUAUUACACAAUUCAUAGGUCAUCGCCAUGGAUCCGGCCUGGCGUCAGCAGGGUCGGGGUCGUGGCCGGGGUCAGCCACAGGGUCAAGCGUCACGACCUCAGAGAGAGAGGGCAACAGAAUCCGCUAACACACCGAGUGGUGUGUGGGCUGGAGAUGGGAGGGGGAGAGGAGGAGAUGGGAGGGGGAGAGGGGGAGAUGGGAGAGGAGGAGAUGGGAGGGGGAAGAACACUACUGGUCCUACACAGCUACACCCUGUUAACAGAGGGAAGAACAUGGCAGCACCUUCACAACACGCUGCGUCGAGCCAAUCCAAGUUCGAGGAGAUCAGGAAGUCCAACCAGGCUGCUGCUCAGCGAUUGGUUCAGAGCCAGUACAGCUCCUCCUCAGACGAGGAUGCCGAUGAUAUAGUUGAUGACGGUGGGAAGGUCCAGGUGAAGGACGGUAAACGAGGGAAGAUUCUGGCCUCCGCGCUCACCACCUACACGGACCAGACCGGUGGCGAUGUAACAGACCUAGAGAGAACUCGUCAGUACCUGAGUGAUGCGUUCCAGUCCGGUGCGAUAACCUGCCUGAUCUGCAUCGCCUCCGUCAAGAGAAACCAGGCUGUAUGGAGUUGUACUGGUUGUUUCUGUCUGUUCCAUAUCCCCUGUAUUCAGAAGUGGGCUAAGGACUCGGUCUUUCUCCUCUCCUCUGUCACCGAUGAAGACUUUGGGAAGAAAGAUCACCCCUGGCCUUGCCCUAAAUGUCGUUAUGAGUACAGCCCCUCCCAGACCCCCAGUAGGUAUGUCUGUUACUGUGGAAAGGUACAGGAUCCACCUCUGGACCCAUGGCUGUUACCUCACUCCUGUGGGCUGGUCUGUGACAGAGCCUUGAACCCAGCGUGUGGACACCGCUGCCUGCUGCUAUGUCAUCCAGGCCCCUGUCCACCCUGUCCUAAGAUGGUAUCGGUGAGCUGUAUGUGUUCUAAGGCCACGCCCGUCCCGCGCCGCUGUAGCAACAAACCCUGGAGCUGUCAGAAGACCUGCGGCAAGACCCUGCCCUGUAAACAACACACCUGUAACAGCAGCUGUCACUCAGGUGUGUGUCAGCCGUGUCCGAGGGUCAGUGUCCAGAGGUGUGUCUGUGGACAGGAGGAGGCAGAGAGACUGUGUGCCAGCCCUGUGUGGCACUGCCAACAGCUGUGUGGUCGUCCUCUCUCCUGUGGUAAUCAUACAUGUGAGAGAAUGUGUCAUUCAGGUCUGUGUGGGGCGUGUCCUCGAUCUGGCAACAGAGCCUGUCCCUGCGGCAAGUCAAAGAGUUCUCUCCCCUGUACUGAGGAUGUCCCCACCUGCGGUGACACCUGUGACAAGGUGAUGGAAUGUGGCUUACACACCUGUUCCAUGAGGUGUCACAGAGGGGCCUGUGAAACCUGCAGACAGGAGGUAGAGAAACAGUGUCGCUGUGGGAAGUACACGCGUGUGAUGCCGUGUCAUAAGGAGUAUCUUUGUGAGUCUAAAUGCCCCAACACCAGAGGCUGUUCACGGCAUCAGUGCAGGAGGAAGUGCUGCUCAGGUAACUGCCCACCAUGUGACCAGAGCUGUGGACGAUCGCUGGGCUGCCGAAACCACAAAUGUCCCUCCGUCUGUCACCAAGGAAGCUGUUAUCCCUGUCCUGAGACUGUGGAUGUCAAGUGUGUGUGUGGAUCCACCUCUCUGACUGUUCCCUGUGGGAGGGAGAGGACUACCAAGCCCCCACGCUGUAAAGAACUGUGCAGGUCUCCCUCGUCCUGCCACCACGCCAGCAGAGAGACCCAUCGCUGCCACCCUGGUCCCUGUCCUCCCUGUCGCCAGGUCUGUCUCCUGGCCCUGCCGCGAUGCCAACACCCCUGUCCUCAACCCUGCCACGACCAGGUUAUGGUGAAGACCAGCGACAGGGUCCUAGCGGGCCCGUGGGAGCAGUCUGCAGAACCGGCGUUUGUCCGUAAAGCUCUGCCCUGCCCACCCUGCCUGGUCCCAAUACCCACGGCCUGUCUUGGAGAGCAUGAGGUGAGCCCCGUCCCAUGCCACCGUCGAGGGCCUUUCUCCUGUCAGCGUGUCUGUGGUCGAACCCUGACCUGUGGUAACCAUAGCUGCACCAAGGACUGUCACCGUGUCACCGCGGCAACCAACAAACUACAGGCGGGUCCAGAGUGUGUGGUGUGUGAAGAGGGGUGUGUUAACCCUCGCCCCCCUGGCUGUCCCCACCUGUGCCCGUUGCCGUGCCACCCGGGGUCGUGCCCCCCCUGCCAACAGAUGACCCGACAACGCUGUCACUGCAAGAUCUCCCUGCUCUACAUAGACUGCCUGACGUUCAGAAGUGCUGAAGUUGAGUCCAAAGCUGAUCUGGGGUCCUGUAAGAACCAAUGUCCUAAACAGUUGAGUUGUGGUCAUCAUUGUAAGGACCUGUGUCACCCAGGACAUUGUGAGGAUAAAUGUUCCCACAGGGUCAAACUGAAGUGUCCCUGCAAGAGGAUUAAAAAGGAGCUGCUGUGUUUUAAAGCCAGACAGGACCAGACUCAGGUGGACUGUAAUGAAGUAUGUAGAGCUCUACGCAGAAAGGUUAACGAGGUGAAAGAAGCAGAAGAGAAUGCAGCCCUGGAGGAAGAGAGGAAGCAACAACAGGCUGAGUUGGAAGCCUUUGAGAAGCGUCAGAAGGGCAGACGUAAGAAGCGAGGGAGGAGAGGAGAGGAGGAGGAGGAGGAGGAGGGUGGUUGGAAGAAGUAUAGAGCGGUGGUCAUGGUGUCUCUGGGUGGAGUUCUACUGGCUGCUGUCGCUUUCUAUCUCAUACACCUGGGUUAGACAGACACACACACACACACACACACACACACACCAUCACACACACACCAUCACACACACACCAACACACACACACACACACACACACACACACCAUCACACACACACACACACCAUCACACACACACACCAUCACACACACCAUCACACACACACCAUCACACACACCAUCACCUCGCAGGCAGGCAGACAGACAGACAGACAGGCAGGCAGGCAGACACUCUACCUGGUUCAGAUGAUGAUAAGAUCAGCUGUCUACAGUAGCAGCAGAGGAGAGAGAACCAAUAUUACUUCCUGUUUCUCUGUAAAUCUGAAUGAUUUAUGAUCCAUUAGGAUGGGUCUGGAAAUGGAACCCCAUUAGGAUGGGUCUGGAAAUGGAACCCCAUUAGGAUGGGUCUGGAAAUGGAACCCCAUUAGGAUGGGUCUGGAAAUGGAACCCCAUUAGGAUGGGUCUGGAAAUGCAACCCCAUUAGGAUGGGUCUGGAAUGGAACCCCAUUAGGAUGGGUCUGGAAAUGGAACCCCAUUAGGAUGGGUCUGGAAUGGAACCCCAUUAGGAUGGGUCUGGAAAUGCAACCCCAUUAGGAUGGGUCUGGAAUGGAACCCCAUUAGGAUGGGUCUGGAAAUGGAACCCCAUUAGGAUGGGUCUGGAAAUGGAACCCCAUUAGGAUGGGUCUGGAAAUGGAACCCCAUUAGGAUGGGUCUGGAAAUGGAACCCCAUUAGGAUGGGUCUGGAAUGGAACCCCAUUAGGAUGGGUCUGGAAAUGCAACCCCAUUAGGAUGGGUCUGGAAAUGGAACCCCAUUAGGAUGGGUCUGGAAUGGAACCCCAUUAGGAUGGGUCUGGAAAUGGAACCCCAUUAGGAUGGGUCUGGAAAUGGAACCCCAUUAGGAUGGGUCUGGAAAUGGAACCCCAUUAGGAUGGGUCUGGAAUGGAACCCCAUUAGGAUGGGUCUGGAAUGGAACCCCAUUAGGAUGGGUCUGGAAUGGAACCCCAUUAGGAUGGGUCUGGAAAUGGAACCCCAUUAGGAUGGGUCUGGAAAUGGAACCCCAUUAGGAUGGGUCUGGAAUGGAACCCCAUUAGGAUGGGUCUGGAAAUGGAACCCCAUUAGGAUGGGUCUGGAAAUGGAACCCCAUUAGGAUGGGUCUGGAAAUGGAACCCCAUUAGGAUGGGUCUGGAAUGGAACCCCAUUAGGAUGGGUCUGGAAAUGGAACCCCAUUAGGAUGGGUCUGGAAUGGAACCCCAUUAGGAUGGGUCUGGAAAUGCAACCCAGUGCACUGUUAGACCUCAUAGGGAAUAGGGCAUAUUUAGUCUUAUUAUUACAAGUUAUUCUUAUUACUAACAGGAUUUCUAUUGUUAUGAAUUACACCUUCUCAUCUGGAUCUCGGAGUAGAGAUGCUGCUGAUCUAGGAUCAGUCGUCCUUAGCAUCUUAUUCAUCAUGAAAUGACAAAACUGAACUCGGGUCAGCGUUCAUCUCUCUGUUGAGUCAACAUCAGUGUGUGAUUUGGGGAUUUGUUUCUGUCCUGAUGAUUUAUUGGGACUUUUGUUUUGUGUAAUAAAAAUAAAAUAUGAAUUUGGAAAUAA